AUGACUACAGAAACGGAACAGACACUAGUAGUGGGAGACAAGAAAAGUUUGGUUUUAAAUAGUGAAAGCGAUAAUGGUCCAAAGGAAGCCAAUGGUGAUACUUCUGAGGAUGCACAAAAUGUUAAGCAUUUGUCAAAUAAUGCCUGUCAGCUAUCCGAAAUUGAGCAAAAAAUAAUUGAACAAGUUGAGUAUUAUUUUGGUGACAUGAACUUGCCCAGAGAUCGAUUUUUACAAGAAGAACGUAAAAAAGAAGAUGGAUGGGUGCCACUGACGACAAUGUUAAAAUUCAAACGUUUGGCGCAAUUAUCUACCGAUCCCAAUCAAAUCGCUGGAGCAUUGAAGCAUUCUAAAUUGAUGGAGGUUUCGGAAGAUCUCACUAAAAUACGACGUGAUCCGGAAGCUGCAGUACCACAAAAUACACUGGAGCAUUGGCAAACUGUGAAAAAACGUACAGUGUACAUCAAAGGUUUUAGUCAAGAUGCUAAACUGGAUGAAAUUUUAACUUUUGUUAAAAAAUUUGGCCCUGUCGAAAAUGUUUUAAUGCGUCGUGAGAGAUCUGAACAACGAAGAUUCAAAGGUUCCGUGUUCGUCACUUACAGACAUGAAAAAAUAGCUGAAGAUUUUGUCAAUAACGACACGAAACAGCAUGAAGGAAACGAUCUCAUAAAAAUGAUGCAAAAUGAUUAUUGGGCGAACAAACAAAAAGAAAUGAAGGAAAAACGACUUGCUGCCCGCGCCCUUAAGCAAGCUAAAAAGAAAGCUAUGGAAGAGGAGUCGAAGAGGAAAAACCGAGAUAUAGUUCAUUUUGUCAAAGGAUUAGUGUUGUCAGUGGAAAAUAUUCCAAAGAACGAUUGCGAUCUAUCGAAAAUUAAAGAAUUUUUCAAGCAGUUUGGUGAUGUGCAGUAUGUUGUGUAUGAGAAGGGUGAUGAAAAAGCUCAAAUUCGUUUUCGCGGGGAAGAAAAUGGUGCAGAUAUUGCAUGGAAAGCAGCUAUAGAGAAAGGGGAAGAUGGAAAAGUGAUUUUUGAUGGAAAUGAGUUGGAAGGAAGAGUACUUGAUGGUGAAGAAGAAGAAGAAUAUUGGAACAAUUUCAGCAAAAAAAAGGCUGAUAAACAAGCACGAAUAGUAAAGAAUAGGCGUGAAGGCAGAGGAAGAAAAAAUCGUGGUCGAGGGCGUGGUGAGCAGUGUGAUGAUAACAAGAAAGGUGAAAAGAGACCAGUUGACGAAAGCAUAGACGAGACACCCAAGAAAAAGUUGAAGACGGAGGUCUCGGCAGAAGAAGUGCUGAAAAAAGCAACAAAAACGGUAUUUGCGGAUUCGGACUGA